AUGGCUGCAAAAAAGUCACAGAAAAUUUUUGGCUCACCCUCUAGUACAGGUGCAUUCAAUGCAAGUGUCACAACAACAACGCCAUCAACACAUCAGCCUAUGGCUCAAAAUUAUUUGUUGGUUUGGGUCGAUGCAAGCAUCGAUCAAACCAGUGAUGAUUGUCGAAAUACGUUGAUACAGCUUCAAGCUGUGAUUAACGAUGUUACUAUAUGUGCUCAACCUGAUGAAUGUAUCGAGUUUCUCGACGAACUCAAUGAUAAAAAAGCGUUCGUCAUUACAUCGGGCUCAUUUGGACAACGUUUAGUUCCUGAAAUUCACUGCAAGCCAAAACUAGAUGCCAUUUACAUAUUUUGUGACAACAUAUCUUAUCAUCAGCAAUGGACUAAGAACUGGAGAAAGAUCAAGGGUGUUCAUAACAAUAUAACGGAUAUUUGCGAUGCAUUAAAGGUAGGCGCCAGACAAGUUAAUCAGGAUUCAAUUCCUAUAAGCUUUGUUACGGCGAAUGCAGCGGUGUCCAGUGACAAUCUGAAUCAACUGGAGCCCAAUUACAUGUACACACAAAUAUUCAAAGAGAUUCUCCUUGAAAUGGAUCAUGAUCACAAACAAGCCGUCAAGGACUUAUCAAUGUAUUACCGCAAAGUUUAUCGUGACAAUACGGCUCAAUUAAAGAUUAUUGACGAAUUUGAACAUACUUAUCGUCGAGAAAAGGCAAUCUGGUGGUAUACACGUGACUGUUUUACCUAUGAAAUCCUCAAUCGCGCACUGCGAACGUUGGAUGCUGAUAUAAUUAUUAACAUGGGGUUUUUUAUUCAUGACCUCCAUCAACGAGUUCAUCAAUUACAUGAACAACAACUUUCAAAUUAUGAUGGUAUGCCUUUUAUAGUCUAUCGAGGACAAGGUCUGUUGAAAACUGAUUUCGACAAACUCAAUAGAACAAAAGGUGGUCUCAUAUCUUUUAACAACUUUUUAUCCACCAGCAAUGAUCAAGAUGUUUCCUUCAUGUUCGCCGCGAGUGCCUCAGCAGAUUCAGGUAUGGUGGGAAUACUUUUUAUAAUGACUAUUGAUCCUAGUAUUUCAUCAACACCAUUCGCCUCUAUUGACGAGAUUAGUGAUUACAAUACAGAAGAAGAAAUUCUUUUCUCCAUGCACACCGUAUUUCGAAUAGGUACAAUUAAACAAAUGGACAAUAAUAAUCAACUUUAUCAAGUGGAACUUCAACUAACUGCUGAUGAUGAUAAACAACUUCGACAACUGACUAAAUGUAUAAGUGAGGAGGCUAGAGGUAAGACAGGAUGGGAACGAUUAGGCACAUUAUUACUCAAAACAGGUCAUUUCGAUAAGGCUGAAGAACUAUAUAAAGUACUACUUGAUCAACCAUCGAGCGAGAGUGAUAAAGCACUUUAUUAUAACAAUCUUGGAUAUGUCAAAGAUGAUCAAGGUGAUUAUGAACAGGCUAUUAAAUACUACCAACAAGGACGUGAAAUCUAUGGUAAAACUCUUCCUACAAAUCAUUCUGACCUCGCUGCUUCCUACAACAACAUCGGUGAGGUGUAUAGAAAAAUGGGAGAGUACUCAAAAGCACUCUCAUUUUACGAAAAAGCAUGUAAAAUCUUCGAAACGACACUUCCUGCAAAUCAUCCUUCGUUAGCUAUUUUCUACAAUAACAUUGGUAGUGUGUAUGAUAACAUGGGAGAGUACUCAAAAGCACUUUUGUUUUAUGAAAAAGCACUUGGGAUUCGAGAAAAAACUCUACCUGCAAAUCAUCCUUCGUUAGCUAUUUCCUACAACAACAUUGGUAGUGUGUCUAACAGCAUGGGAGAGUACUCAAAAGCACUUUCAUUUUACGAAAAAGCACGUGAAACUUUUGAAAAAACUCUUUCUGCAAAUCAUCCUUCGUUGCCUGCUUGCUACAAUAACAUUGGUAGUGUGUAUGAUAAUAUGGCAGAAUACUCGAAAGCACUUUCAUUUUACGAAAAAGCGCUUAAAAUAUAUCAAAAAACUCUUCCUGAAAAUCAUCCUGACUUGGCUACUUCCUACAACAACAUUGGUAGUGUGUAUAAUAGCAUGGGAGAGUAUUCGAAUGCACUUUCAUUUUACGAAAAAGUACUUGGGAUUCGAGAAAAAACUCUAUCUGCAAAUCAUCCUUCGUUAGCUAUUUCCUACAACAACAUUGGUGCUGUGUAUGAUAGUAUGGGAGAGUACUCAAAAGCUCUCUCAUUUUAUGAAAAAGCACUUGGAAUUAGAGAAAAAACUCUUCCUGUAAAUCAUCCUUCGUUGGCUGCUUCCUACAACAACAUUGGCUUGGUGCAUGAUAACAUGGGAGAGUACCCGAAAGCACUUUUAUUUUAUGAAAAAACAGUUGGAAUUCUAGAAAAAACUCUUCCUGCAAAUCAUGUUUUGUUAGCUACUUCCUAUAACAACAUUGGUGGUGUGUAUAAGAACAUGGGAAAAUACCCAAAAGCACUUUCAUUUUACGAAAAAACGCUUGAAAUCGAAGAGAAAACGCUUCCUGCAAAUCAUCCUUCGUUAGCUAUUUCCUACAACAACAUUGGUAGUGUGUAUUAUAACACAAGAGAGCACUUGAAAGCACUUUCAUUUUUCGACAAAACACGUGAAAUCUUUGAAGAAACUCUUCCUGCAAAUCAUCCUUCGUUAGCUACUUCCUACAGUAACAUUGGUAGUGUGUAUAAGAAUAUGGGAGAGUACUCGAAAGCACUUUUUUAUUUUGAGCGUGCUUUGAAAAUAAAACAACAUUCAUUGCCUGCUAAUCAUCCCAGUAUACAAAAUACGAAAGAGAGUAUUGAAAUUGUAAAAAAAAAUUAUAAUGGUUGUUCUGAAUAA